AAGCCAGAUUCUAUAAAGUUGAGCGAUUUCGAAGCGAGAAACGAAAUUCCGUGGUUGAACUUUGGCAUUUCAGCUAGCAACAAGAGGCUAUUUCUGUCGUUGAGGGAAUAUUUUGUUGCCAUAGCCAACACUAAACAGGUCGGAUGGAGGAGGACGACGAAUUUGAUGCCAUCUUCCAAGACGGAGAUGUGGAAGCAAGCGAUGGAAACGUCAAGGCUGAAGCAGUCAAUUACAAAGUGUCUAUGGAAAAAUACCAAAAGGUGGACAUUUUCCAAACUUCAAAGGACUCGGUAACGCCCUCAGACAACCUAGAAACCCAGAGCAGAGCAAGCAAGUAUCGAGUCAUUUCAUCAGAAACGAACAGUCAACAGCAGGUUCACCAUGGAAGUUCAGAGGGUUUUAAUAGUGACAACCAUGACGCUGCAUGUACGCAUCAGGACGACACAAACGAGAGAAUUAACGGUCCGUCGGUCGAGAAGGACCCAAACGCGUCAUCCCGGACUACAGAGAACGGUACAGUGGGAGACCAGCGGCAGGCAAGGUACCAGUUACAUUCCACCCCACCGAAGGGCGGAGAAGAGAAAAGGGAGGGUGGCGAAGAGGAGGAGGACCCAAGCGGUGUGUUGAGGACGGAGUUGCCCAGGGACAGGGCUGGGACGGGCGGGGACCCAACAGAGCAGCUGGUCCGGGCCAAGGCGGAGUGGGAGGCCGUGGGGACCAUCCACCCAGGAGACGAGUCCAGUGACGAAGGAAACGAAAGCACUAUCAAUGUGACUCCACUGAUCUCCUUCAAUGAGACGCUCGCGUUCUUUCAGAGAAUCAACAUGCAGCCCUAUCUGGGUAAGAUCAAACCCACCGUUCACAGAACAGGCCUUGCUGCAGUUCGUCACUUCAUCCUGGGGCCUCCGAAUGUCAAAGCCUCCCUUCAUGAUGAGAGAAACCUGGUCUUUGCCAUUGCACAGUGUCCGUUUGAGGAUAAAGAAGAAGUCCACAAGCGCGUCUUGCAGACAAUCUACAAGCAGCUGACAGGCAGUACGCUGGACUGCCCCCGGUAUGGCGGGCACUGGGAGCAGAUCGGUUUCCAAGGAGCCGAUCCAGCCACCGAUCUCAGGGCUUGCGGAUUCCUCGGCCUGAUGACACUCCUGCAUUUUGUCAUGGAUCCCGUCAGGCAGCAGCUUGCCAAAGACAUCUACAGACUGUCUCUGCAUGAAACACAGAAUUUCCCAUUCUCAGUGAUGUCCAUCAACAUGACCAGAAUAGCCUUACAAUCUCUCAGGGAGGGUACAUUAUCAAGGGAGUGUAAUCGACGCAAGCAAGUCUUUGGCGUUUUCAAUGAUUUCUACGCCGGUAUCUUUCUGCAGCUGUACCAGAUAUGGAAACACCAACAGAAGACUAUCAAAGACUCUGGAUUUGUUAUCAAAGAUGUAGAACAGGAAGCCAGAAAGAACCCCAGGGGUGUCAUCAAAACCCUGGAGACCUACCUUCACGAAAGGGGUGGCAAACAGGGUGGGAAUGCCAAGUCGGGGGCAGCCGGCGACGGUCCCUUAGAGUUUGCCGGCGUGCAUGAACUUAAUAUAGAAGAUGACUGAUGAAGAUGGGGUACUAGAUUUCACAAAGCCUUAAACCUAAUGGAUCAUUCCCAGACUAGACCUUGGAGUGUAGAAAAACACGCACAACAAAUUCAGGUCAACUUUACUCACUCUUUAGCUGACGAAAUUCUCCAAAAUUUUCAAGAGGCAAAGACAAGGUGCUUAGUACUUCACCAGCCAAGUUUGAGGUGUCAAAUAAAUUGUAAAGGACAUUUUUUUUCUCAAUAUUUUGCGCCCGAGAGUGGAGCCAGGUGAUUUUAAUUUGAGGCGUUAAAAGACAUGUCCAACCACAGUCCAACUGUUUGAAUAGACAGACCUCUUCAUUAGUCUGGUGGCUGACUAUGGAGUAAUGCGUAGUUAAUAGAGACUAGUUCCCGGUUCAUGCCUGAUGUUUCUUUUGGCACAGUUGAUUGAUGCAGUACUGAAGGGUUGUUGGACUGGUUGUUUCAGGUGCCAGUCUAUUUCCUUGUGUUGCGUGUUUUCACUUCUGUAAGUUUUGGGACUCUCAUACACAGUAUUGAGAGUCCCAAAUUUUCAGACUGGAUCAUUCCAUAUUUUGCCAUAAGACCAGCACCCGAUUUCACGAAGCGCUGCGACGCGUCGCA